CUUUACAAACCUAUGGACCUUCAUCCGUCCAUUCAUUUGUUCCAUCCCGUCGCUCCUUGCAUUCAUCUCUUCGACCUAACUUCCUAACCUUUGUAGUUCAUCAUCUAGACGACCAUGUCCUCGUUCCUCGUACUCCUGGCCAUCUGAUGAUGAUCGGAUAACCAUCUGAUUUGAGUCACACAUCCCCAAUCACGAACCGUGAUUGUGGAUCCCGAGUCGUCUGUCCGUCAUACGAAAAUACCUUUCUAACAGCGACCCGCCAAAGUUUUCCGGAAAGGGUUAAGGGGAAACGUCAGUGCCUCCACGCGUCAACUACGACAACAAACCCAACACCCCAACACCAUGCAUCAAGCAAGAAGAACAAUAAUUCAGAACAAGAGCUCACAAAAGCGCUCCAAACACCGCUUCCAAGAUGAGGUCCUUCAGCGCCGCUGCAGGUAGUGGUCUGUUGUGGCUAUUCCUCGGGUCGAUCCUCUUGUUGGUGGUUUCGGCCCGACCCUUUGGAGUUUCGUCGUUCAAGUUGACGGGCAACAACAAUCCACAAGCUAAUCAACUACUGCAACGCCACCUGCUGAUACAGCAAUCCGUCUCUGUGCGAGGAGGUGCCGCGUCAACACUUGUAGACAGCGAUGAUGAGGAAGAAGAGUCCGAGGAUGAAGAAGAGGAAGAGGAAAAAGUAGAUCUGGACGAAGAGGAAGAAGAGGAGGAAGAAAUUCCCAAGAAAAAGGCCAAGGCAACUUUGGCCGCUUCUGCCGUCAAGGCUGCCAGCAAGUCCAAGGCGAAAAAGACUGCUAGCGUCAAGGCUGCCAUUAAAACCGGUCUUGCAGACACGCCAACGGUGCCCAAGAAGAAAAAGUCGGGUCUCCUAUCAAUACUGAAAAUUCCCUACAUCAUCAAGGCAAGCCUCAAUCCCAUGACACUCUUUGCCAUGACAAAGGCAUAUUGGGGGUCCCUAUUCAAUCUGAAUUACAUCAAAAAGGACACAUCACAGGACCUUCGGUCAGCACUCGAAGAAAAGGCCAAAAGGGCCGCUGGUGGAGGUUCCAAGCCCAAGAGAAAAUUCAAGCCAGGUCAAGCCAAAAGCUUGUCUGACUUGCCUCCUCUAAACACCUGAGGUUAAUUCCUGGGUGUUGCUGCUAGAAUUGUUUCUCAAACUCUGAGAGAGAAACAAACGCAACACCCCGAUAACUAUUCACCACGGAACCAUGCAUGCUUCUUGAGGCUGCGAAUGACGACGAUACGCUCAACCAUCUAUCCGAUGGAGGCGUUUGGUCUGACUGGAUCCGUUGCGUUGAAAAGAAAAUCCUUCAUAUCCAUAAUAAAAAAAGAUUUAUAGAUUACGGAUU